CGACGGAGACUGAUUCCAGCUGUGAGGAACUGCAGAAAGGCUCAAUUUUCUGGCUGUAGACUCUCAGAGAGUCACUGUGAAGUUGUGGCCUCAGCUCUGAAGUCCGACCCCUCCCAUCUGACAGAGUUGGACCUAAGUAACAACUACAACCUGACGGAUUCAGGAGUGAAACAUCUGUGUGUUGGACUGAAGAGUCCAAACUGUAGACUGGAGACUCUGAGAUUGAAUCUCUGCAGGUUGUCAGAGAUCAGCUGUGAUUCUCUGACCUCAGCUCUGAAGUCCAACCCCUCCCAUCUGAAACAUCUGGACCCUAGUGACAACUACCUGAUGGAUUCAGGAGUAAAACAUCUGUGUGGUUUUCUGAAGAGUCCAGACUGUAGACUGGAGACUCUGAGAUUGAGUUAUUGCAGGUUGUCAGAGAUCAGCUGUGAUUAUCUGGUCUCAGCUCUGAAGUCCAACCCCUCCCAUCUGAAACAUCUGGACCUGAGUAACAACAACCUUCAGGAUUCAGGAGUGAAACAUCUGUGUUGUUUUCUGGAGAGUCCAGACUGUAGACUGGAGACUCUGAGAUUGAGUUGGUGCAGGUUGUCAGAGAUCAGCUGUGAUUUUCUGGUCUCAGCUCUGAAGUCCAACCCCUCCCAUCUGAAACAUCUGGAGCUGACUAAAAACAAACUGAAGGGUUCAGAUGUGAAGCAGCUUCUUGAUCUUGUGAAGAGUCCAGACUGUAGACUGAAGACUCUGAGAUGUUUGCCAUUGUUCUAAACAGGACGGUAUGUGAGCUGAGAGAAGAUGAGCUGAGUCCUGAUGAUCCAGAGGUUGAAUCAGCAGCAGCUUGUGUGUAGAGAGACUCUGAUUGGACCAUGUUACUGGGAGAUGGAGUCAAGAGGAGAGCUUCAUCCACAUGUUUCUCCAUUUGACAUCAUCGUCAGAGCUGCAACUAACAGAACCAACAAAUAAAUAAAUAAAUGAUUCAGACACCAACAUAUUCUAUGUAGAUGUAAAGUUCCAGCAUCAACAAUUCUUUCUGUUGUUUCUUGUUGCUGAUUGUGUAUAUAUUUGUCCCAUCUGUAUUGUAAUUUGUGUCAUGUGGUUGUCAUUUUACAGUGUAUCUUUGUUGUCAUAUGGUUGUAAAGUAAAAUAUCUCCUGGUUGUAGUUUUUA